AUGAAAAAGACAGCUCUCAAGCCUAAAUCAAUCAAAGAUUUAAGUGAGAAAAACUUGAAGACAUAAGAAUCAGAGCAGAAGCCAUUAACCUAAUUAUUGGCAAAGAGAUCAACUAGGGCUAACUCCGAAACCAAUCAUAGUCAGACCAGAGAAACAAUCUCAGUUAAGAGUACAGGAACAAGUGAAACAAGAAAGAAGUCUAAGGAGCCCAGAAAGCACAAGUAUCAAGCAGAGGACUUGGAAAAGGUAAAUCUCAUGGAGAAGAAUCUAGGUGAUUCAGAUGAUUCUUCUGAUGAGGAGGUCUUGAUUAGAACUGGAAAUGUCCCAAGAAAGUGGUAUUAACUCUAUGAUCACCAAGGCUAUAAUAUAUAAGGAAAGUAGGUGGCUAAAUUGCCAGAGACUGAUGAGUUAGCUAACUUCAUUGAGCGCUAGAAUGAUAAGGAAUGGUGGCUUAAGAUUAAUGAUUACAUGAACAACAAGAAUGUGAAGCUGUCCAAAGGAGAUUUAGAUAUGAUUAAGAGAAUUCGUAGUGGCAAAUAUGCAGAGAAGGUAGACCCAAAUGAUUUUAUUGUGGAGUUUGAUAAUGAAAAGGAAUUCAUUCACCCAUUCACUAAUAAUGAGCCCAAGCGCAGAUUCCAGCCAUCUAAAUGGGAGAGACUUAAGAUUAAUAAGUUCGUGCAGGCGUUGAAAAAGGGAUGGAUGAAGACGCUUGAGGAAAAAGAGAAGGAAAGAGAUGAGCAGAGCAAGUAAGAGGAGAAGGUAUGGGACAUCUGGGAGGACGACUCUGUUGUCACAUGGAAGCCAAGAAAAAUGCCAAAGGCAAUUGCUGCACCAAAGAGAGAUCUCCCAGUUCAUGCUGAGUCCUACAACCCACCUGAAGAAUAUUUACUUGAUGAUAAAGAAAGAGAGGAGUUUGAAAAAUUAGAUGAAGAGGAUAGACCUUACAACUACUAGCCAUCUAAGUUUGAUGCUUUGAGAAAAGUGCCUCUGUAUCAAAACCUUAUUAGAGAACACUUCGAAAGAUGCCUUGAUCUUUAUCUUUGUCCAAGAGUUCUCAAGAAGAAGGUAAAUAUUACUGAUCCAUCAUAGUUGAUCCCUGAGUUGCCUCAACCAAGUGAUUUGAAGCCAUUCCCAACUCAGCUUUCAAUCGAAUAUAAAUUCCAUAAGACUUGUGUCAGAUCUAUUUCAAUAUCUCCUUGCGGCAAUUACCUAGCUAGUGGUGAUGAAGACGGAAAUCUUGUAGUAUGGCAUGUCUAAACCACAAGAAUUCUAAGGAAAUACAAGUUAGAGAAUAAAGUGCUUGAUUGUGUUGAAUGGUGUCCAAGCAAAGACAGAUGCAUUUUGACUGCCUCCAAUGAAGAAUUCGUAUAUGUCAUCUAGCCUCAACUCUAUGCUCAACCUAUAAAUGAAGCUACAAACUAAAUUCUGUUAUAAGCUGAAAAGCAAUAUGGAACAGAUGUGGUACUAAAUGAUAAAAAGGAAUAGUUCCUGAAAUGGCAAUGGGAAACUGACUUCAGAGGUGUUAAGAUGAUCAAGAUUACAUUCUAAAAUAUCAUCAAAGCUAUUGUUUGGCAUUCUAAGGGAGACUAUUUCUCUACUAUGGCUUACAAUCUUUAGUCCUCUACAUAGGUAGUCAUUCACUCACUCAGCAAAGCUUCUUCCCAAAGGCCCUUCACUCAAGCCAAAGGUAUAGUUCAAGCGAUAGAAUUCCAUCCAACAAAGCCACACUUCUUUGCUGCAACUCAUCACACAGUCUUCUAAUAUAAUUUACAAAAGCAGACUAUUGUCAGUAAAUACGCUUCAGGCGCUAAGUGGAUUUCGAGCAUCUCAGUGCAUCCCAAGGGAGACAACUUCAUUCUAGGAACCUAUGAUAAAAAGAUAAUCUGGUUUGACAUGGACAUGGGAUCAUCACCUUACAAAAACCUAAAGUAUCAUGACAAAGCCAUCAGACAAGUUCACUUCAGUUAGAAACAUCCUCUGUUCGCAAGUUGCAGUGAUGACGGUUGUGUAAAUAUCUUCUAUGGAUUGGUCUUCAAUGACUUGCUACAAAACGCCCUUAUUGUUCCAGUUAAAAUCCUCAAAGCUCAUGAGCCAAGCAAGGCUAACGGUCUUGGUGCUAUGAAUUGCAAGUUCCAUCCCACCCAACCUUGGAUCUUUUCUUGUGGCUCAGAUGGUUCAAUCAAACUCUGGGUAUGA